AUGGCUCCCGCAGGCACGCAGACCAAUCCCCAAACUCCGCGCGUGCGCAAUGGCGACCCCCAGCCCGCUCCCGUAGGAACGCCAGAACCUGCUUCGUCGCGUCGAGAUUUGACCUCGUGGUGGAGGCAGUUCAGCAAGCGCCCCGCGAAAAAGGACGAUGACAAAGAACCCGCCCUCCCUGGCAUCUUUGGUGUGCCCCUCAUACAAAGCAUACCCUAUGCGAACGUCGCCAUAUCGCUGUUCAACGAGCACGGCGAGAGUUACAUCUACGGUUACGUUCCAAUCGUGGUCGCCAAAUGCGGUGUCUUCUUGAAGGAAAAGGCAACCGACGUAGAAGGCAUCUUCCGGUUAGCAGGCUCCGAGAAGCGCAUCAAAGAGCUCAGGACUGCCUUUGACACUCCACCCCGCUAUGGAAAAGGUCUGGAUUGGUCUGGCUAUACUGUACACGACGCCGCCAAUAUUCUGCGACGCUACUUCAACAACCUCCCGGAGCCUAUAAUACCGCUGCAGCACUAUGAUCCAUUCCGGGAUCCUCUUAAAGGCCACCAAGCUGAGGCUGUAGGCCCCAGCGAAGGACAGCAGCCCUCUGUCGGAGGUUUCGACCCCGACGCGGCUGUGCGUGUAUAUCAAUCCCAAAUCAAGGCUUUACCGUCCUUGAAUCGACAACUGCUGCUAUAUAUCCUGGACCUGCUUGCCGUCUUCGCAGCCAAGGCCGAUGUUAACAAGAUGACAACCUCAAAUCUGGCUGCCAUCUUUCAGCCCGGACUUCUCUCGCAUCCGCAGCACGACAUGUCUCCUGUAGAUUACCGUCUGAGCCAGGAUGUACUCAUCUUUCUCAUUGAUAACCAGGACCACUUCUUGAUUGGUAUGGAGGGUACAGCGGUCGAUGAAGGCACUGUCAAGCAUAUUGAAAGCGGGCCUUCUACCCCGCAAGCAAGGACGCCCACUACUCCUCGCAACAGCUCUGGUAUUGGACGGUCUGCGUCGACCGCUUCAAGCGCUGGCGCGGAGAGUCUUAGGCAGUACGGUGGUGUCCGUAGGAACGUAUCCACAUCUUCGAAACAUUCACGACGCACUGGCGCUGUGCCCAGUCCGAUUACACCUGCGUUUGUCACUCCCACGACAUCUGGAGUACAUCGCAGCAACACGUUGCCUUCAAAACGCUCCCCAGCGCUUGGGAGCCCUCGCUUCCCUGCCGCAAAGCAAGCCGGUCCAGAAGAAACAAAGAGCCCGCUCUCAUCGCCGAUGCCUGCGGAUAUUCCAGAGAGCAGCAGUGUGGCUGCGGAGAUGCCGGAGCCUGAGCAACAGUCGCAACCAACGGAAGUACCGCGGGAACGCCCGCAGUCUUUAGUACCUGCGGCUCCAGCCACACAGUCUGUCGAUCCUGAAGUACCACCGCCACAACGAGCGCAGACCAUGCCACCGAACAAGAUAGAGUUGCCGACCCCGUACCAACCCUUUUCCCCGCAGGGAACAGCCAUGCAACCGACAGAACCUUUGCAACAUAGACCCGCAGUUACGCCUGCUACUCACAAUAUGCCGGGUGGGUUUCCUCUCCCGUCUCCAGGCGUCAUCCCGCCAAGCCAGCCUACCACUCCAAAUGUCCCGACACAGACAACGGCACAGAACCUGCUGCCCCCAAGAGCAACUACGCCAGGUCCACGCAGUCCUCAGCGUAGCCCUAUUCAUAGUCCUCAUCAUACGCCAACACGCGAGCGCUCGGAGUUCAUGGAGGCACCCGUUGACUCGGGACCAUCUGUUGAACUAACGCCCGCUGUUCGUACCUUUACCCAAAUCCUAGCUAAGGUUGCCGCAUCCCCUCCCAACGAGUCAAAGGAAUCGAAAGACGGACGGAAGCCUAACAAGCUUCAGAAGAAGAGAAUGCCCAAUAGUAUUAGCCAGAGUACGCACAGCUCCACGCACUCUCUUGGUGGCAGCGAUUCAGGAUUUGGUGGUCAGUUCUCUCAAGGACCUCCUUCACCACUGCAGCCACCCUCACUUCCCUUCGCGCAUGGUCAAUCACAGAGGAGUGGUUCCACGGAGGCUCUGCCAGAUACAGGCUCUAGUCGAGCCUCUGGCAACACGCUCAAGCCCAGCAUGUCGCCUUCUGCUAGCUUCAGAUCCCACAGCACGGCAACAGAAUACUCGGAGACUGAGCAGCUGGACGACCAGCCAAAAGAGGAGAAACGCAGCUUCUGGAAAGGCCACAGGCGUGGAGAGAGCAAGGCAACCCCGACGACAAGCACGACGGAUCUGCACGGUUCAGUACCCGGCGCCGACAAGAGCAUGAGCUCGUUUACCAGUAGUUCUGGAUGGACGGCAGGGGGUGGAGGGCGAAGAAGCAUGCAGUACGACACGAACCAAAGCUCGGAUUCAAUACUGUUCGGCAGCAGUCCUCCUGACCAUGAUAAGUCCGAUAAGAAGGGUGCCUUCGACUGGUUCCACAAACGGAGACAGGAUCACAAGGAGCGCGUGGAUAGGAGAGAGCGAGCCAAGAGUCCGCCAGGCAGCUCGAGCCAUCUACCUCUUCCCCAGAACAUUAUGGCGUCGCCGGAAUCCGUCAUUGCUCGUGGGCGGACACCAGAAAUGCCACACUCAUCAGAGGAAACUCAACCUAAAGCGGAUAAAUCGAGCGACGUUACGCCUACGGGGUCGAGUCCGACCCCACCGAAUGUACCCGUAGCAGCAGCAAGCCCGAAACCUAGAAUGAGUCCUGCUAUGGCGUUGCGAACUGAUCUUCCUGCUGCACUAACGGAACCGCGAUCAGUUGCGCGGUCACCAGACCGGAACCCCAAGUCACCAGUUACUACUAUGCCUCCGGCACAGUCGUUUCCUGUAGCACCAGCGAUGGCUCAGAAUGCCGAAGGUAGUGAACAGGUCGAGGCUGAGGCAGCAGUCACACAGCCUGAGAGCUCAACGUCUACAUCGGAAGCUGUUCAGACGGUGUCAACGCCCUCGGGGCCGAUGCAUGCGAGUUCUGGCUCGACUGUUACUGUUACUCCCGAGACGGUGAAUCGAGAGAUGGCAUCUGAUGCAAAUGCGCAAACGGGGGAUGAGCCGUCGACGGCACCACUUGUACCCGGGGGCCAGCCAGCUCCGUAG